AUAUUCCCUCACUCCUCUCCUCUGCUUCCUGGUAAACUGCUUCAUACUUCAUUCACAUACCUUAAAUGUGACUUCCUCCACUGCCCAAGUAGCCGGAAAAAAUGGCAGUCACAGCCAACAGCCGCAUCACCCUGGCAGCCACCGCACACUUAGACUGUGCCGCCCGAUUGUAUGGCAGAAAGGGGAGGCUGGUAAAGUUCUGCAAUGGAGAGAUAAUGGGAGAGAAGCUGAAAUUUGCACCACUUCAGCAUAGGAACAAGAACAACUUUAAGAGUUCUGUCUGCAUGUCACUUACAGCUGAUUUUGCAGGUGAGACUAAGUUGAGGGACUUGGAGAUGGAGAAGAGGGAUCCAAGAACUGUUGUAGCAAUCAUACUCGGAGGAGGAGCAGGCACCCGUCUCUUCCCGCUCACUAAACGUCGUGCCAAGCCUGCCGUUCCCAUAGGAGGAGCAUAUAGGCUAAUUGAUGUGCCGAUGAGCAACUGCAUCAACAGUGGGAUCAACAAAGUUUACAUCCUCACUCAGUUCAACUCGGCAUCACUCAACAGGCAUCUUCAACGUGCUUAUAAUUUCGCGGGUGGUGUCACAUUUGGAGAUGGCUAUGUUGAGGUUUUGGCCGCCACUCAAACUCCAGGCGAGGCAGGGAAAAAUUGGUUUCAAGGGACUGCAGAUGCUGUUCGGCAAUUCCACUGGCUUUUUGAGGAUCCAAGAAGUAAAGAUAUUGAAGAUGUUCUCAUUCUAUCUGGUGAUCACUUGUACAGAAUGGAUUACAUGGACUUUGUUCAGAAUCAUCGACAGAGUGGUGCAGAUAUUACUAUAUCAUGUUUACCGAUAGAUGACAGUCGUGCCUCAGAUUUUGGUUUGAUGAAGAUCGACAACAAGGGAAGGGUAAUUGCAUUCAGUGAAAAGCCCAAAGGAAAUGAUUUGAAGGCAAUGGCAGUGGACACAACAGUUCUGGGACUCUCACGGGAUGAGGCAGAGAAGAAGCCUUACAUAGCUUCAAUGGGAGUUUAUGUCUUUAAGAAGGAAAUACUUUUGAAUCUUUUAAGAUGGCGGUUUCCAACUGCAAAUGAUUUUGGAUCAGAAAUAAUCCCUGCCUCAGCUAGGGAAUUCUAUACUAAGGCUUAUCUAUUCAACGAUUACUGGGAAGACAUUGGUACAAUUCGGUCAUUUUUUGAAGCAAACCUUGCUCUUACUCAACAUCCACCAAGAUUUAGUUUCUAUGAUGCAGCAAAGCCAAUCUACACAUCCAGAAGAAACUUGCCACCAUCCAAGAUAGAUAAUAGCAAGAUUGUUGAUUCAAUUGUAUCACAUGGAAGUUUCUUGACCAAUUGCUUCGUCGAGCACAGUGUUAUUGGCAUCCGGUCGCGCAUAAACUCCAACGUUCACCUAAAGGACACAGUGAUGCUUGGUGCUGACUACUAUGAAACUGAUUCUGAAAUUGCCUUUGCUUUAUCUAAGGGGAAUGUUCCUUUAGGAAUUGGAGAAAAUACAAGAAUCAGAGAAUGCAUUAUUGACAAGAAUGCUAGAAUUGGGAAAAACGUAGUCAUUGAAAAUUCAGAGGGAGUGCAAGAGGCCGACAGAACUUCAGAAGGAUACUACAUUCGAUCCGGCGUGACAGUCAUUUUGAAAAAUUCAAUAAUCAAAGAUGGAACUGUAAUAUGACAUUCCAUUUUUGUCUCUCUUCUGCGGGGUGAAUAUUCAAAGAGACUGAGAAUCAUGAAAUAGCACCCAUGGUCAGAAAUUCAGAUUUUUUUACAUUAAUAUGAAAGUUUCAUAGUAUGUUCAGAACUGGAA